ACCAAUGAUUUAUAUGAAAAAUUAGUAAGAACAAAAAGGGGUACUGAUAAUGAGGAGGAGAGUCAUGAAUGCAACGACAAAAGUGACACUCCUCACUGUAUUGGUCUUUUGGAGCUGUGAAGUAGAAUGCAACCAUCCUCACCCACUUGACCCUCUAACCCCUUCAGAGCUCAACCAUAUCCGAACCAUAGUCCAGAAAUCAUACCCAACCUCAAAAACCACCAACCACAGUCUCAUCUUCAACUACGUGGGUUUGGACGAACCCAACAAGUCCCAAAUCCUCUCAUGGAUAUCCUCAAACCCCAAAAUCAAACCAUCUUCUCCACCACCUCGUCGAGCCUUCGUCGUAGUUCGGUUCCAAAAACACUCUCACCAGAUCACAGUGGACUUGUCCACUCCUUCCAUCGUCUCAAAGAACGUGUACGAAGGAAACGGGUACCCUAUGCAGACCUUCGGCGAGCAAACCGUGGCGUCACAGCUUCCAUUCAGCUACGAACCGUUUAAGGAGUCUUUGAGGAAUAGGGGUCUGAACGCGUCUCAGGUUCUGUGUGCUUCAUUCUCUAUUGGAUGGUUCGGAGAAGCCAAGAGCAAACGGAACGUGAAGGUUAAGUGUUACUACACGAAUGGCACUGCAAAUUUUUACGCGAGGCCUUUGGAAGGGGUGGCUGCAGUGGUUGACCUAGAUGAGAUGAAAAUUGUAGGCUACGAUGAUAGAUACGUGAUUCCAGUGCCAAAAGCAGAGGGUACUGAAUACAGGGCUUCUAAGCUGAAACCACCCCCUGGUCCAAAGCUUAAGGGAAUUGUUGCAGUCACGCAACACAGUGAACCUGGAUUCACCAUUGAAGGCCAUUCCGUCAGUUGGGGCAAUUGGGAUUUUCACGUAGGAUUUGACAUUAAGGCUGGUCCAAUCAUUUCUCUAGCUUCAAUUUUUGAUGUUGAAAAGCAGAAACGCCGUCGGGUACUAUACAGAGGAUUCAUAUCAGAGUUGUUUGUGCCAUACCAAGACCCAACUGAGGAAUGGUAUUACACGACAUACUUUGACUGUGGUGAAUAUGGGUUUGGACAGUCAAUGUCUUCACUACAACCUUUCACCGAUUGCCCUCCCAAUGCUGCAUUCAUAGAUGCAUACUAUGCUGCUUCAGAUGGUUCUCCCGUAAAGAUAACUAAUGCCUUCUGCAUAUUUGAAAAGUAUGCUGGUGAUAUCAUGUGGCGUCACACUGAAAUUGCAAUCCCAAAUGAAGUGAUAACUGAGGUCAGAUCAGAUGUUAGCCUAGUGGUCAGAAUAGUUUCAACUGUCGGCAACUACGACUAUGUUAUAGAUUGGGAAUUUAAGCCAAGUGGAAGCAUCAAAUUUGGGGUUGGACUUACUGGGAUACUAGGGAUUAAGGCAGGGACUUACACCCACACAGAUGAAAUAAAAGAGGACAUAUACGGCACACUGCUAGCAGAUAAUAGCAUUGGUAUCUACCAUGAUCACUUCUUCACCUAUUAUCUUGACCUUGACAUCGACGGGGAAGUCAACUCCUUUGUGAAGUCUACGUUAGAGACAGUGAAAGUGAAAGAUGAAAACACACCAAGGAAGAGUCGUUGGACGGUUGUGAGUGAAACGGCAAAAACAGAAGCUGAUGCGAGAAUCAACCUGGGUUUAAAGGCAUCAGAGCUACUAGUGGUGAAUCCUAAUAGAAGGACAAAACAAGGAAAUAAAAUUGGGUACCGUUUGCUUCCAGGUCCUGUGGCGCACCCACUUUUGCUUCAGGAUGAUUAUCCUCAAAUUAGAGGUGGCUUCACCAAUUACGAUGUAUGGGUCACACCAUACAACAAAUCUGAGAAAUGGGCAGCAGGGUCAUAUGUGGAUCGUAGCAGAGGUGAUGAUACUAUUGGUGUUUGGAGUUCCAGGGACAGGGAGAUUGAGAAGAAGGAUAUAGUGUUGUGGUACGUGAUGGGAUUUCAUCAUGUUCCUUGCCAAGAAGAUUUUCCAGUUAUGCCGACAUUGAGUGGAGGGUUUGAACUAAAGCCAACGAAUUUCUUCGAGAGCAACCCAGUCCUUAAAACAAGAUCACCCAAAGCCUCUGCAAUGGCCUAACUGCACUUCUCAACACUAAGUGGUACCCAUUUCAUUCCACUCAACCAAAUUUUAAACAUUCCUGUACCCACUUAAGACUUUAUCAUGGUUUGUUCUUUAUCAAUGUAUAAUAUACUCCUUUUCAAAUAUUAUUUUUGUUAGUGUGGACAUCA